AUGUUCCUCACAAGUCUGACCAUCGUUCUGGGGCGAGUGCUACAGCUCUCGACCCUUCCCCAGUUGGUAUCUCCAAAGGAUGCUGCACCUCAAGACGACUGGGACAUCCGUGUCGGAAAAGCCCUAUCCUCGACUAUAAUCAUCCAAGCAGGAAAUUCAAUGAGGGACCGCCUACAUGGGGAGCUGCUGAACUCAUCGAGACUGAGAAUGCUGAAGCUCGGUCAUAUGUGUAUGACUACGCACAUCAUAAAUAUCCGGGAGAAGCUCAGCCAACAGGGUCUGAAAGGAGUAUUUCUUUGGGGAUACCAAUUCCGUCGCUGGGGCGGUGCUGACACUGUCUCUCCCACAUUCGGUGCCGGCCUUUGGAACUUGGAUUACGGUCUCAAGGUAGCUGUGACUAAUAUGAAGCGCACGUACUUCUAUCACGGUACCCUCGGGGCCUGCUAUUAUUGCUGGUGGGGAAGAUACACAAUAGCAUCGCCAUACUAUGGUGCUUAUGUGGCAACUGCGGCUAUAGCGGGAGGUUCUUACAUAGCAGCCCUUGACGAUGGGUCGACAAACCAUGCCACAUACGUGAUCUACGACUCAACUAAGAAACCUCUCCGGGCGGUAUUGAUCAAUUCUGACUAUUAUGAGACUGGAACCGGAGGAAGUCAAGCUUUAUUCUUAAGGGCUUGA